AUGGUUUGUGCAAAUGCAACCGGCAAUCAUAGGCUACCUUUGCUGGUGAUUGGAAAAUCCAAAAAACCACGUGCAUUUAAAAAUAUAAAUAUGAAUGCACUGCCUGUGAACUAUUAUGCACAAAAAAGUGCUUGGAUGGAUCAAACAAUAUUUUUUGAUUGGUUUCAUAAAGUGUUUGUACCACAAGUAAAAGUUCAUCUCGCUGAAAAACAGUUGCCACAUAAAGCACCGCUGCUUAUGGAUAAUGCUCCAACACAUCCCUCUGGAGAACUGAAAAGUGAUGAUGGCAAUAUAACAUGUCUUUUUCUCCCAGCAAAUACAACCCCUCUUAUCCAACCUAUGGACCAGGGCAUAAUUGAGAAUAUGAAGCGUCGGUACAGAAAAUAUUUUAUCGAAAGUUUGCUGUCAUCAGACGAGGCUAUAGGUAUUAAAGAAUUUUGGAAAAAAUAUACAAUAAAGGAUGCUAUAUUCAAUGUUGCCAGUGCAUGGGCUGAUUUGAGUGUUUCAAACUUGAAGAAUGGGUGGAACAAACUAUGGCCUGAAAUAAUACCGUGCGAAUCUGAAGAAACUGAGCCUGUUAGUGUUGAAGAAAUUGUACAACUUUGUAAUAAUGGACUGCACAGUGAAAUAUUAUCAACGUCAGAAGUAACAGAUUGGUUAGAAAAUGAUAAGCAGGAUGGAGGAUUUGAAAUUUUGAAUGAUGAACAAAUUAUUUUGAAUGUUACUGCCGUUGAAGAAGAAGAAAUUGAUGAGGAUGUCGAAGAUUCAGAUGUUGACUUAAAACCACUAACUAGCCAUUCAGAAGCAGAAGCGAUGUUAUCAAAGUGUAUUGAUUGGUUUGAAGUACAAGAAGAAUCAAAUGCUACGCAAGUCUUACUUCUACGUCAAAUACGUAAUAUUGCUGCUAAAAAAGCUAGAGAAUCAAAAAACCAAACUAAAAUGACAGAUUUUUUUUUAUAA